GGCUGCCGGUUUGUCUGUCGUGACGUGCAGGCAAAUUAUGUUUUAAUUUGUUUUCCAGUCUCGCAAAACAUUUAAUUUAAUUGAUGUCUACUUUUUAUUAAAAUAUGAGUAAGCGCUACAGUGAAUACAGAGAUUAUAAAGGGUCGUCUCGAGCACCGCGUGAUGAUUCCAGGACGCACAAAGAUGAGGCUUGGAGCAGUCGCGAUCAUGAGCGAAGGCGAUCGCGUUCCAGGUCACGGUCACCCCGACGCUCAUCCGAUACCCGGAACAGAUAUUCACCUGACAGCAGCGACAAAGUGGGCAGAUCAUCAAGUAAUCGAGACAUGGAUCUGAAACAUAAAUAUGAGGAUAAAAAGGUGAGGUUAUCACCAAACGAGUGGGAGGACUCUGAUGAGGAAGUGCCAGCACCACCACCACCUCCUCGCAUCACUAAAAUAUCCAUGGGAUUCGCUAAGCCCAAGGAGCCCAUCAAGAUGACAUUGAGUGGUGCAUCGAAACCUGCUGCAAGUAGGCCUAAACCAUCUGUGGCUUCUGUGUUUAAUGAUGAUGAUGAUGAACCAGAGGAGAUGCCGGCUGAAGCUCGCAUGAGAAUGAGAAAUAUUGGAAGGGAAACUCCAACAUCGGCUGGACCAAACUCGUUCGGCAAAACUAAACAAGGUUUCUGUGAUGCUAAGAAAGUUUUUGAGAAGAAUCUCAAAGAAGCUCUAGAAACUACCCAAACUGCAAGACCAAUGGGGAAAUUUCCACAAACCAUAUACAGAAUAAAGGGUCCCUGAUAACAUUAUGUUUAACACUGUAGAAUGUAGUUAUUAUUAAAUGAAUAAUUGGGAAAUA